ACGGAAUGUUUCCUCUGAAAAUUCUGAAAAGUCACUGAAAAUUCCGUAAUCGGGUUGUUGUUUUUUUUUUUAAAUCCGUCAAACCCGAUCAAAAAUACUUUAUUUCGUUCACAGAAUGACACACCGUACAACAGUUCUUGUUGUGUUUAUCAUUUUAUGCGCCCUGAUGAAUUCCUAUUGUGCAAUGGACGGGUCAUCGCCCAUGGCAACCCAAUGCUCUGUGCUGUGAUUGGUGGAAAAAUGUAAUGCAGUCGAAGCUUAGUAGAAGAAUGGAGUAAACGCAUUACUGGUGUUGUAGAAUUUUACGAAGAUUUCUGUUCUUUUUUGCUUGUUUUUAACGUUAUGGCCGACGAAAAUGAGCUAUCAAACGCAUGCGAGUUUCUGAAAGAUCGACUGUACUUCGCCACUUUGCGAAACAAGCCUCGAAGCACCGUCUCUGUUCACUACUUUUGUGUAGAUGAUGAACUGGUUUAUGAGAAUUUCUACGCUGACUUCGGGCCCUUGAACCUCGCUAUGUUGUACCGCUACUGUUGUAAAUUAAACAAGAAGCUUAAGUCCUUCUCACUAGCAAAGAAGAAGAUUGUUCAUUACACCUCAUUUGACAGCAGGAAAAGAGCAAAUGCAGCAUACUUAAUAGCAGCAUAUUCUGUAAGUACAUGUAUCAUUCAAGGAAGUGUGAUGCUGUAUUUUUUUAAACUAAUGAUUGCUGGGUUUAUUAUAAAUUCUUAUCCCUUACACCUUGCAUGGCAAAAUGGAUUUUUUAACUUUGAUACUUUUGAUGUCGAAGAGUACGAACAUUAUGAGAGAGUUGAAAAUGGGGAUUUUAACUGGUUAUUACCAGAUAAAUUCUUGGCAUUCAGUGGACCUCAUAAUAAAAGUAGAGUUGAAAAUGGUUAUCCUUUGCAUGCACCAGAAGCCUACAUUCCGUACUUCAAAAAGCAUAACAUAACUUCAGUCGUUAGACUCAACAAGAAAUUUUAUGAUGCAAGGAGAUUCACAGAUCAUGGAAUAGAGCAUUUUGACUUGUUCUUUGUGGAUGGUACAGUGCCAAGUGAUAUGAUAGUCAGGUCAGUUUUGUUUUAAUUUAAUAUUAUUUUAUAUUAUUAU